CUUGCGUAUUCGUUACUCAGAGAGCAGUAAAUACCGCCAUGUGUUCAACUAAUCAAACCCGAUUACCUGUCUUCCUGCGUGCUUGCUUGGUCCAAAAUCCGAAUCCCCCAUUCACACACACUCUCGGUUCUAAUAAUUUCAAUCAAGGUCCGUGACUGAGUUCUUGUAUUUAGUCUUUCUGUUCGGUAAACUGACCCGCAGCUGCCGCGUGGGGACUUCUCUUCGGACCCCAGAGUCUUUCUUCCGUGUUUUUACGCUACAGGCUCUUCCUGAGGCUCAAUGCGUUAUGACUUGAGAGGCUUCUGUCAGAUUAUUAGAAAAAGGGGAAUUCGUUGAGCUUUGGUUCUGAAGAUUUGUGCGAUCAGAUAAUCUAUCACUUACUGCAGAUCAAUCCGUUGCAAUGAAGUGUUUUCCAUUCCACUACAGAGAGAAGAAGGAAGAACCGAUGAGCAUGAAGUCAACUUCGGGUCGGUCCAACAGUUCCACAAAUGCUGAGGAUGAUAUGAGAAGAUCUGGUUCUGAAUUGAAUUCUAAGGAUCCUUCAGAAAACAGUGCAGAGUUCCUCAGGAGGACUGCAUUACCCAGUUUGUCUCAAAGACCCAGCAAUCUGAAAGUUUUCACUGUUCCUGAACUAAAAUCAGCCACAAAGAAUUUCAGUCGCUCUGUUAUGCUUGGAGAGGGAGGGUUUGGGUGUGUAUACAAGGGAUUCAUCAAGACAGGAGAGGAUUCUAACAGAAAAAUUGAAGUUGCAGUUAAACAACUUGGUAAAAGAGGAGUGCAGGGGCAUAAGGAAUGGGUGACAGAAGUGAAUGUUCUGGGCAUUGUUGAGCAUCCGAAUCUGGUAAAACUAGUGGGUUACUGUGCGGAUGAUGAUGAAAGAGGAAUCCAGCGUCUUCUGAUUUAUGAAUAUAUGCCCAACAGAAGUGUGGAACACCACUUAUCACCCCGUUCUGAGAAUCCUCUCUCAUGGAGUAGAAGAUUGAAAAUUGCUGAAGAUGCAGCUCGUGGCUUAACAUACCUGCACGAGGAAAUGGAUUUUCAGAUAAUCUUUAGGGACUUCAAAUCUUCAAACAUCCUCCUGGAUGAGCAUUGGAAUGCAAAGCUAUCAGACUUUGGGUUAGCUAGAUUGGGACCACCUGAAGGAUUAACUCACGUCUCAACAGCGGUUGUGGGAACAAUGGGUUAUGCGGCUCCUGAAUAUGUUCAAACUGGCCGUCUGACAUCCAAGAGUGAUGUAUGGAGCUAUGGCGUCUUCCUUUAUGAACUCAUCACUGGCCGGCGCCCUUUUGAUCGAAAUCGUCCAAAGGGUGAGCAGAAACUCUUGGAAUGGGUGAGGCCAUACUUAUCAGAUGGGAAGAAAUUUCAACUAAUAUUGGAUCCAAUGCUCGAAAGGAAACACGUUUUCAAGUCAGCGCAAAGACUUGCUAUUGUAGCUAACCGAUGUUUAGUCAAAAACCCAAAGAGUCGUCCUAAGAUGAGCGAGGUAUUGGAUAUGGUGAAUCAGAUUGCGCAAUCUUCAUUGAGUGCAAGUCCAGAACUACCCCUGAAGAAUUUCGCAUCAGCGCGAACGUUGCAAGAAACCAAAUUAAAGAACAAGAGAAGGAUUAUGGACCAGAAAACUGGAGAAACUAAUUGGUUUUUUAGGAUGUGGAGGCCAAAACAUCAAAGAGCUAGUUGAUUAUUGUAGCGUUAAGUCGAUCAAAUGUGUUAGUUGAAGGCAAAGCAGCUGCUGCUUCUUUAUGACAGGAAUCAUUAAUCAUUGCCCUACUGAUACACGCCGAAGAACACAUGUAUAUUUCCUAACUACAUCACCUCACAUAGAAUGAGGUGAGAAGCACUGUUCAUAGCUUAUAUAUAUUUAAGCCGUUGUCCUGUGUUUUAUUUAUUAUUAAUCCUUUGAUUUUACAUUGUCUAGCUUUUUGAGGAAAUGUAAAGGAAUGCUAUUUAAGUCGGAAGAGGAAUAAUUUGAUUUCCGAGGCAGAUAUGCUAGUGGCAUAGGUUGAGUCGGGGAAAGUUGGGUUUAAAAGGAAUGAAGUCCAUUUGAAAUGGGCCAGCACUGACCCGGCUCAGGGGUUAGUCUCCACCCCCCCGGGUCUUAAAUGUGUGUGAAACAGUUUAAUUGCAAUUAUGAAUUUAUCUUUGUUUA